UAAUACGUCGCCUGGAACGUCGCGGUUCGUGGCUCUCUUCUCUUCGUGCAAAUGUCAAUCGCGAGGACUGAUAUACAAAGCAAUAACAAUGGAGGCGUGUAAUGCUGUUGAGCGCGAAGUGGAUAAAGUCCUAUCGAAAUUCGGUGCUAUAAAUGAACAUGCGGAGACGGUGCUGCGCGACUUGAUAAAUCACAUUCAGUCUUUGAAAAAGGAUUUAGAAGAAGCGCCGGCCAAUCAGGAUCUGACAGCUGCCCAGGUACAGAUGUUGAAGCAAGCUAUGACGAAAGUACGCGAUACAGUACAAAGAUUAGCAACGGAUCAUCGCGAUCUGCAUAGUACUGUAUCCAAAGUGGGUAAGGCGAUAGAUAGAAAUUUCAUCGCUGAUUUUGCCAGUACUAGCAGGGAAGAUGUAUUUUCUGGAACUGAGAAGUCUCAUCUCCUGAAUCAAGUAAUCUGUCAACACUUUUAUCGUCAAGGGAUGCUAGAUAUUGCUGAUGAAUUAGCAAUAGAAGCGGGCAUUAAAACCGACGAAGGCAGAAAGGAACCAUUCACGGAAUUGAAUUAUAUAUUAGAUUGUCUGAAACAGAGAAAUCUUGAACCAGCAUUAGAUUGGGCAAAAAAACACAGGGAAGCACUUUUAGCGCAGAAUUCAUCUCUCGAAUUUAAAUUACACAGAUUACAUUUUAUAAGAUUAGUUCAACAAGGUCCUAGUAAACAGAGAGAAGCGAUACUAUAUGCCCGCCAAAAUCUUACACAGUUCGUCGGACGUUACGAGAAAGAAGUACAAUCUCUGAUGGGAACAUUACUCUAUUUGCCACAUGGAAUCCAAUCAUCUCCUUAUAGUCAUUUGUUGGAUCCAACUUUAUGGCUCGAGAUACAUGAUGUUUUUACUAAGGAAGCGUGUACAUUGCUAGGUUUAAGUGUGGAUAGUCCGCUAUCUGUUUGUAUCAACGCAGGAUGCACUGCGUUACCUGCGCUGUUGAAUAUCAAGCAAGUCAUGCAACAGAGACAAGUUACCGGUAUCUGGAGUGGCAAAGAUGAAUUGCCUAUCGAAAUAGACUUGGGAAAGCAGAGUCGUUAUCAUUCUGUUUUUGCGUGUCCGAUACUUAGGCAACAAAGUACAGAGAAUAAUCCGCCGAUGAAAUUGGUUUGCGGCCACGUGAUCUCUCGAGACGCGCUUAACAAACUUGCGAAUGCGAAUAAAAAUCAAUUUAUUUCCAGGUUGAAGUGUCCGUACUGCCCGGCGGAGCAAAAUCCUGAAGAUGCAAGACUUAUUUACUUUUAAUCUGUGAUAUACUACUUAUACAUAUAGUAAUAUAUAUAAAUAUAUAUAUAAUGUGUGUGUGUGUGUGUGUGUGUGUGUGUGUGUGUGUGUGUGCGCGCGCGCGCGCGCGCGUGUGUGUGCGCACACAUGUGUAUAUAAGGACCGUAUACACAUGUAGCUAGUUUUGCAGUUUCUUUGUAACGGAUUACAUCGGAUGCAGAAGUAUAAUGCAAGUUACGUGCAAUAACCAGAGAAAUGUAAAUCAUAUUUUACAUUCUUAUUAUCGAGAGUUCUGUUUCUAAACGUUUUUUUUUCCAUCCUAAUAUCGAGAUCGAUGAUCCAUCUUUUCUCAAAUGCAAAUGUAAGUAUAUUAUUUGCAUCAAUUUUACACAUUUUUUUGGUUAAGGAAACUCGGUCUCAAAUAUCGAAAAAAAAAAAAAAAAAACCGGAGGAACUGUGAUAGUUUUAAUAUUUGUGGGAUAGUUGUAAUUGCGCAGUUAUAUAUUGUUGGUAGACAAUUUAUAUAUAUCACUUUAGUGUUAUAAGUGACAGCUUUCUAUGCGAAUAACUUAAAAACCAUGAAUAUCGACGACGCCUAACAAGUUUGUUAUAAGAUCUUCGUGAGUUUAUUUCUCAUUUUGUUUGUAUGUAUGUAUUGGCUUGACUAUAUAGUUAAACGAAGAGAUCAUUUUGUAAAUACGUGUUUUCAUACUUAUUUCACAUUUCCCACAUUGUAAUUUGUAACAUGCAUAAUUCUGACGAAUGUAUAACAUGAAAAAUAUAUCACAAUGAUAAAC